AUGGAGUACACGUGGAAUGUCGUGCACGAAUGCAUGAGGAUAACACCCCCUUCCAUAGGAGGAUUCAAAGAGAGCACUGCUGAAUGCACCUUUGCAGGUUUCACCAUCCCUAAAGGAUGGAAGGUAUUGUGGACGCCUCAUUCAUCACACAUGAACCCCGACUACUUCCCGGAGCCGCAGAAGUUUGAUCCAUCGCGGUUUGAGGGGAGUGGUCCGGCCCCUUUCACUUAUGUUCCGUUCGGAGGAGGAGCGACUAUAUGCCCCGGGAGAAGCUAUGUUAAGCUUGUGAUAUUGGCGUUCACCCACAAUAUGGUGACAAGGUUUACACUAGAAAAGUUCAUUCCAAAUGAGAAGAUGUUGUUUGGAGCUACACCUAAACCGGCCUACGACCUCCCCCUUCGCAUCCAUCCUCAUAAAAAAUAA